UAUAGGUUAUGUCACGUUACAUUAUUAAAGUUCAAGUAGGUUUUCGACUUGUCAUCGUUAUGAGCCGGCUACAAUGUGAUAAGCAGUAGUUGUAUCGCUUAGGUGGUAAUUACUGGUUGUAUUUUUGAACGCAUCUCCUGUUUUUUGCAAAAAUGGCGCAAACAAUUGAUGCUGCGUUUGUCGAAAGCCCAUUAUUUCGUGCAUACUUUUUGUAUGUAUCAAUUUUAGCUGUUAAAAUGCUGGUGAUGUCGCCUUUGACAGGAUUUACAAGAUUCAAAUUCAAGGCCUUUGCAAACCCUGAAGAUGGAGCGAGCCUGAAGCUGAAACCCCGUGUAGACGACCAUGUGGAAAGAGUUAGACGGGCACACUUAAAUGAUGUUGAAAAUAUUCCCUUGUUCAUCAUUGUUGCAUUUAUCUUCUGCUUGACAAAUCCAUCAGUGGCGUGGGCGACUCUUCUGUUUAGAAUAUUUACUGCUGCUAGGUUCAUCCAUACGUUCGUCUAUGCAAUUUUUGUCAUACCACAACCCGCCAGAGCGUUUGCUUGGGGAACUGGCUUCUUUAUAACUGGCUACAUGGCGUUCCAAUCUAUAAUGUACUUUUUGUUGUAACGUGUAUAUUUUUUAAUGUAAGUGUGCACUCCACGUUGAAGUAAUCACAGUGUGUUAUGAAAGUGCCUAACGUUUUGCAUUUAUGAGAAUAAAAUUUUUGUUGUAUAGGUA